CCAAAGACAAGCUCUUCACCACAAACUGACAAACACGACCCAGGCCUUCUUCCUGCGAGUUUCAUUUCAUUUCAUCCUACCUUACCUUUUUACUCCUCCAGUCCAGUCAGAGAACACCAUAAGUGGCCGCUACACCUGCUCACUCCAUUGCACCACUAGCAAGUAGCAACAGGAGCGCAGGCAGAACUAGAGCGGUCUUGGUAUGGCUUCUUCCCUCGCGCCCGCGUCGUGGGCACUGCCGCUGCAGAUGGUCGGGGCUGGGGCGGCAGCGGCGGGGCCUUCCUGCCGCGCGACGCUAGCCGUCGUCACGGAGCCCCGCUGGGCCGCGUCGCUGCGCCGGGCAAGGGUUCUCGUGGCGCUGGCGCCCCGGUGCGUGGCGCUCGACGGGCCCGGCGCCAGCGGCGAGGAGGAGGCGCCCAAGAUCGAGGACGAGAGGAAGAAGAGCGGUGAGACGAAGAAGCCGGCGCGCGGCCGGCCGGUGUGGAGCCGGAUCCUCUUCGCCUCCAAGAAGACACGAAGUAUCAUCAUCCUCAACGCCCUCACGGUCAUCUAUGAGGUCGAAGCCCUGACAGAGCCUGCGGUCUUCAACAUGGUGCGGUUCGUUGUUGCAGCCAUCCCCUUCGUACCAUUCGCGCUCCGUUCCUUCGGUGACCGCAGUGUACGCUACGCGGGACUGGAGCUGGGAGUCUGGGUUAGCUUAGCUUACCUUUCUCAAGCAAUUGGAUUGCUCUCAUCUGAUGCUGGCCGAGCAUCCUUCAUCACGGCCUUCACGGUCGUAGUUGUGCCUCUAAUUGAUGGUCUUCUUGGUGCUUCGAUCCCCAGACUCACAUGGUUCGGAGCCAUCAUGUCUCUGUUCGGAAUUGGCCUGCUGGAAUGUGGUGGAUCUCCUCCCAGUGUUGGCGAUAUUUUGAACUUCUUCAGUGCCGUGUUUUUCGGGAUCCAUAUGCUUAGAACAGAACAAAUAUCAAGGAGUACGGACAAGAAGAAAUUUUUAGCUCUUCUUGGCUUCGAGGUCCUUGUGGUUGCUUUCUCCUCCGUUCUCUGGUUUAUGUUCAAAGAUGGCUACGUUGAUACCAGCGGAUCCAGCUUUGAAUCUUGGACGUUCGGGAUGCUCUGGGAUACCACAGUUUCGUUUCCUUGGAUACCAGCAUUGUACACUGGGGUUCUUUCUACGGUGUUAUGCAUGUGGGCAGAGAUGGUGGCGAUGGGCGAUGUUUCAGCAACCGAAACUGCAGUUGUUUACGGGUUGGAGCCAGUUUGGGGAGCUGCUUUUGCUUGGUUCCUCCUUGGUGAAAGAUGGGAUGACGCUGCAUGGACUGGAGCUGCUCUCGUAUUAUGUGGCAGUUUGACAGUUCAGCUAUUUGGGUCAGCUCCUGAGAAGUCCAAGAAAGUCAAAAAACGCAGCAGCAAUGCUUUAGAAACUCCAGUGAAACGACGAGACUACUUAUCGUUGUCUCCCAUACCAGUUGAUUCCGGGAAGAUCAUAGGAAGGCAAUUAGAAAGGAAGAACAAAGCAGUAUAGGUAGCCCAACUACAAGGCAAGAAGAAAGGAAACGCUGCGAUGAUAGGGGCGCGCAUGUACCAAAUCAUUGUCCUGAGGCAUCGUCUGUUUGGCUCCGUCAAUGGCCAUAUGGGGAUGCUGCUCGAUUGUCCGCAUGGAGUUUUUUUUUUCCUUUGUCCGUAUUGAAAAUGGUCGUAUUUGGAUUUCUGUUGUCUCGGUUGACCGUGCUAGAGUACCUCAUGCGUAUUAGGAAAUGAGGCAUUGGUAGUGGCAACUCGAGGAGAAUACUUAGACACAUCUACUGGCGUAGUAAUGACGUUCAGUGAGAUAACUUAGUAUGUUUUGGGCACUGCUAACCGUAAAGGUUCAUGUAUUAAUAUAGUGGGUAAAUGGUUCUAGAGUACUGAACUGAGCAUACCAUUGUAUAGUACUGAAAUAACAAAUACCACGCAUGGUAUUAUUUGGCUCCCAGUCAAUAGAUCCAGGAAUCAGGACAUGUAUUGUGUUCCGUUGAGAUUGAUUUUGUGGCUGUGAUUUUAUUUUUUUAUUUUUUUUUUGGUCGAAGGACAUAAUCUUGUAUUCUGCUCUUGUAUUAUGUAAGUCUAUGCUUAGUUGUUUA